CAGCCAGCCGGCCAGCAGCCCGUGCGCGCGACAGUGCAAGUGAUCGACGAGUGACCGGCCACCCGUGUGCAGAGCGAGGUGACUGAUCGGCCAGGCUAACCAACUACCUCGCGGUAGCUAGCAGCCUAGCAGGCCGCCGUGUAACAGUUGUUGGUUAGAGAAGCUUCGAGAGAUCGAUCGAGUCCGUAAUGCCGUGGCGCCUAGCUAGGCAGACCGAGACCCCCACGGGCGGUGACCCGGCGGCGGACGGCGGCGCGGAGGCGCGGAGCGUGCGGUGCGAGUGCUGCGGGAUGGCGGAGGAGUGCACGCCCACGUACAUCGGGCGCGUCCGGGAGCGGUUCCAGGGGAAGUGGGUGUGCGGGCUGUGCGCCGAGGCCGUCAAGGAGCGGCAGGCGCGGGAGCCGGCGCUCACCGUGGCCCGCGCCGUGGAGGCGCACGCCGCCAUGUGCGAGCGCUUCAACUCCACCGUCCGCCUCAACCCCAAGCUGUCCCUCGCCAGCUCCAUGCGCGACAUCGCGCGCAAGAGCGGCCAGCGCCGGAGGAGAAGCAGCAUCAGCGGCGCCACCGCCGCCGCGGUCCCGCCGCCGCUGUCCGCAUGCGGCGGCGACAACAAGCUGGCCCGCGCCGCCAGCUGCGCCCUGCCCUACGUCUGACGACACAGGGGCACGACGACGAGCGCGUGCCCGCUCGCUCCGCCCUCCCCCCUCCCUGUUGUGCUUGCUUGCCGUGAUAUAUAUACCGGCACGCAACAUGCAUGACGUAUACGUAGUGUAUGUGUGUAGGCCAUGCAUGUAGUAGCUGGUAAGUAGCUGUGGUAGCAACUGGUGUUGCGUGUUCUGUUGCUUUGAGAGGUCUUUAUACAUAGCGUACGUAUGUAUAUAUAGCUUCGUCGAGACAUUUA